AUGUCGUCAUCCUCCUCGCAAAUUAAUGAUAAACCAACUACUUCCCACGUCGAUGACCACAAUCAAGAAGACAGUCAUCAUGGCCAUCGUUUUGUGUCAAGAAUCCACAUUCAUGGUGAAGGCAAUGAGUUGGUUACCAUUGGUGGCCACAGCUACUAUCGUCAUGAAUUGAUGUCUGCAUUUGGUGGUACUUUAAAUCCAGGUGCCAUGCCAUACCCCAAAGUCAACAUGAAUCCAGCUCCAAUUGGAUUAUGUGGGUUUUCAUUAACUUGCUUUGUUUUGAGCUUGUAUAAUGCAAGAGCAAUGGGUAUUACUAUCCCCAAUGUUGUUGUGUCAUUGGCUUGCUUUUAUGGUGGUGUUGUACAGUUUUUAGCUGGAUUAUUUGAAUUCGCCACUGGUAAUACAUUUGCAUUUACAGCAUUGGUGUCAUAUGGUGCAUUUUGGAUUAGUUAUUCAUGUUUAUUUAUUGAGCAAUUUGGUAUUGCUGCUGCUUAUGAAGGUACUGACCAAUUCAACAAUGCGGUAGGGUUAUUCCUAUUGGGUUGGGUCAUUUUCACUUUGAUCAUUGUAUUGAACACCAUGAAGUCAACGUUGGCAUUCUUUUUAUUGUUUUUAUUUUUGGAAUUGACAUUUAUAUUGUUGGCAUGUGGGUCAUUGACAGGAAAAGUGGGUGUGACUCGUGGUGGUGGAGUGAUUGGGUUUAUAACGGCAAUUAUCGCCUGGUAUAAUGCGUUUGCUGGUACUGCUACACGUUUUAAUUCAUACGUUGUGCCCCACGUUUUUCCAUUACCGGUGAUAGAGUUUGGGAAAAAGAGGGCGUAG